CUCCAGGUUCACCAGAUAGCUCGGGAACGCUUGCACGCCGGACAGUGGCCAGUCGUCCCCACCACCCAUCCUCCUGGCCAUUCCACGCUGGACACGGGGCUCUGACGGCCGGGCCCCCAGCCCUCCACUCAAGCUCCCUGGGUCUUCCCAAGGACUGUCCUUGCUUAUCCAGCAGCCCUGUGAACCCCAAGUUCCCUCGACUCCAGGUCGCUGCUCCGCAUCGCUGACGGCCAUGAGGUCCCGGCUCCUGCUUCCUGUGGCCCACCUGCCCACCAUCCAGGAGACGCUGGAGGAGAUGCUGCCUGGGGGGCCCGGGCAGGAGCCCCCCGCCUCCCCCAGCCUGGAUGACUACGUGAAGUCUAUCUGUCAGCUGGCUCAGCCCACUUCGGUGCUGGAUGUGGCCACAGUCAGGGCCCAACCCGGUAGAACCCCCCGGCCAGCCCGCGCCUUCAAGAAGAGCCCUCCUACUGAGUCUCUACAGGACAUUACUACCCGCUUCAGUGGUCAGCAGCCGGCACUGCCCGGGGACGGCACUGCUGACCCCCUGGACUGGCUCUUCGGGGAGUCCCAGGAAAAAAGGUCAAGUAGGAGGGACCAGCCAAGGAGGACUGGCUCCUCUGCUGACUCCUGGGGUCCACACAAACAGAUGGAUUGUGGCAAGGCACGAGGAACCCCCAGAGGGAGACCCUGGGAUGCCAGGGUGCAGGGGCACUCUCUGGCAAGACCCUCAAGGGACUGGCACCAGGGCUCCUGGGCUUCCAGGCAACUCUGUACGGACGCGGCCUCCCCCCCUGCCCCCCGCCCCAGAAGCACCCUCAGAACUCUCUAUUUGCACCUCCCAGUGAUCCAUGAACUCUAACCCCUCCCCAAUAAAGGCUUCUGUACAGAG